GGGCAAUUGCAGAAAUGCUAAGAGAAACUGGUACCUUUGUCUGAGAUCAGAUAACCCAACACAGACCAGGGAUUAAACGUGGGAUCCUUUCAAUCUUCAUGGGUCAGGUUCACAUUGUGUAACAUAAUCCUCAAUGGCACCGAACUCUGAGAGGAAAAAGCGAGCAGUAGUGGAACAGGAUGAGCUCAAAAAUAAACGGAGGAAGUCGGCAAGGCAAGGAAAGGUUGCAGAUGAGGCGUUCAAGGCAAGAGCUGUGAUGAGCCAGUGGCACGUAUGCAACCAGGGAUAACUCCCUCUACCCUGGACAGACUGAAGGGGUUUUCCAUUGAGAGUGAGCCAACCCAGAGGAGUAAGCGGGACAUAGAACAUACAGGAAAUGAACAUUCAAAUUUUUGUAAUUCGGGUACAGAGCUGGGAAAGGAUGCAGAUAGAAAUGAGAGGUAUCAGCUGCGUCUGCGGAAAGCUGUAGUCCCUGAUUGGCAGCGAUUUUCGGCUUCAAUCAAGGGGCUUGGUUUGAGGAACACCCACGAAGAGCCCACUGUCAACCGCAGGUCAAAGAGCAUGUACACACCUCUGGAGUUGCAGUUCAUGGAGAUCAAGGAGCAGCACAAGGAUGCAGUGCUGUGCGUGGAGUGUGGCUACAAGUACAGGUUCUUUGGGGAAGAUGCGGAGAUCGCAGCACGCGAGCUGAAUAUCUGCUGCCAUCCAGACCAUAAUUUCAUGACGGCCAGCAUACCGUCUUAUCGUCUCUUUGUCCAUGUUCGGAGGCUGGUUGUCAAGGGAUACAAGGUGGGAGUGGUGAAGCAGACAGAGACUGCGGCACUGAAAGCUGUUGGAGAGAACAAAAGCAAUCUCUUCACCCGCAGACUGACUGCCCUCUAUACAAAGUCCACCCUCAUUGGAGAAGAUGUCAAUCCGCUAGUGAAUCUGGACGGUGACUCUGCUGAUGUGGAAGAUUUGACUGAUGAUCUUCCCUGUAACUAUCUGAUGUGUAUCUGUGAACAAAGUGAAGAUGAAGGGAGCAGCAAAGGGAGACACAAGCCGGGAGUCCAGCUUGCACUAGUGGCGGUGCAGCCCAACACAGGCGACGUGGUCUUCGAUUGUUUCCAAGACUGUCCAUCGCGGUCAGAGCUGGAGAGUCGGAUUCUCUGCUUACAACCGGCCGAAAUUCUGCUGCCCACAAACCUCUCUGAAAACACUGAGAAACUCCUGAGCAGCGUCACUGCUUCAAGUUUACGUGAUGACAGAAUUCGUGUUGAGCGCAUGGACGACAUCCACUUUGAGUUCAGCCACGCUUUCCAGUCAGUCUCUGAGUUCUAUGCAAGUGGACCCUGUGAAAUAUUGGGUUCACAGCAACUUUCUAGAUUACCGAGUCUGGAAAAACCUGUUGUUUGCUGUCUGGCUGCAGUCAUCAAAUAUUUGUCUGAGUUUAAUUUGGAGAAAGUCCUGCAAAGUCAGCGUAGCUUAAACAGGUUCUCAGACAAAAGCUUGUGCAUGUCAAUCAAUGGAACAACCCUGAAGAACUUGGAAAUCUUACGAAAUCAGACCACUGGUAGUACGAGAGCCAGUCUCCUCUGGGUCCUUGAUCAUACGCGGAGUCCCUUCGGAAGACGACUGCUGAAGAAGUGGGUGACGCAGCCUUUAAUAAAAGCAAGAGAGGUUAAUGCUCGUUUGGAUGCAAUCAGUGAAAUCCUGUCAUCAGAGUCCAUCGUCUUGGCAAAAACCCAGAAGCUGCUGUUUAAGCUGCCUGAUCUGGAGAGAGGCAUCUGUAGCAUUUAUCACAAAAAGUGUUCCACAAGGGAGUUCUUCCUGCUUGUCAGCAGUUUAUCCUGUAUCGAGACAACCUUCCGAGCACUGGUUCCAGCUGCUGAAUCCCAGUUGCAUUCUUCGCUUCUGCGUAAUAUUCUUUUGGAGCUGCCACAGCUUUUGGCCCCUGUGCAGCAUUAUUUAAAGAUUCUAAAUGAAAAAGCAGCCAGGGUAGGUGAUAAAACUGGACUCUUUGCAGACCUCACCGACUUCCCUAUAAUUCAACAGAGAAAGGAGGAGAUUUGGGAUGUCCUUUCCCAACUUCAGGAGCAUUGCAGCGAGAUCCGAUUGAUCCUGAAGAAGCCCUCGUUUAAUUACGCUACAGUUUCAGGGCUAGAGUUUCUGAUUGAGGUCAAAAAUUCUCUGCUCCCUAUGAUUCCAAAGAAUUGGGUGAAAGUUUCCAGUACAAAAGCCCUGUGCCGUUUCCAUACUCCGUUCAUUGCGGAGCAGCACAAGCGUCUGUUGCAGCUUCGAGAGCAGCUCGUCCUUGACUGCAGCGUAGAGUGGCUGAACUUACUGGAUCAGUUUGGCGAGCAUUAUCAUGCAAUACGAAAGGCAACCAGUCACCUGGCAACCAUUGACUGCAUCUUCUCAUUGGCAGCAGUUGCCAAGCAAGGAGGAUAUUGCAGGCCGAUUGUACUGGAAGAGGAGAGACAGCUUGUGAUCAGGACUGGCAGGCACCCCGUGAUUGAUAUACUCCUGGCAGAACAGGAGCAGUAUGUUCCAAACAACACUGACCUACACGGAGAUGGCCAGAGAGUGAUGGUAAUUACUGGACCUAACAUGGGAGGAAAGAGUUCUUACAUCCGACAGGUGGCCUUGAUCACCAUCAUGGCGCAAAUUGGGUCGUAUGUCCCUGCAGAGGAGGCUGUGAUUGGCAUUGUGGACAGUAUUUACACGAGAAUGGGAGCGUCUGACAACAUCUACGAAGGGCGAAGCACGUUCAUGGAAGAGCUUACAGAGGCAGCUGCGAUUAUUAAGAAGGCCACGUCUCGAUCACUCGUCAUCUUGGAUGAGCUGGGGAGAGGGACCAGCACACACGAUGGUAUUGCCAUCGCCUAUGCCACGCUGGAACAUUUUAUUAAAGAUGUCAAAUCCCUGACCCUGUUUGUAACGCACUAUCCUCCUCUGUGUGAGCUGGAGAGACUGUAUCCAGAGAAUGUCCGGAACUAUCACAUGGCCUUCCUGCUGAAUGAGGAGGAGGAUGAACAAAAAGGAUUGGUGGAGAAAUUGCAGCCGGAGUUCAUCACUUUCCUCUAUCAGAUGACUGAGGGGGCUGCAGCUUGCAGCUAUGGCUUAAACGUGGCCAAACUGGCCCACAUGCCUGAUGAAGUACUAAAGAAAGCUGCUCAGAAAUCCAAGGCACUGGAAGGCUUAGUGAACAUGAAAAGGAAGAAAAUUAAAUCCUUCAUUGAAGUCUGGAACAUAGACAAAGGAAAAAAAUUGAGAGGCUGGGUGGCGGACAAUGAAUAAAUGUUACCUUUUAUUUAAACAAAUGCAAUUAUGUGAUACUUUGAUUUUAUGUUUAGCUGUGGGAGAACGGUAAUGUCCUGCUGGCUGUAAUUGAAUGCCAAUGAUGGUGUUUUACUUGCACUGUUUAUUAGGGUGAUGGUGAUGUGCUUUUACACUUUAGCCUCUGCUUUUGCUGGUUUCCCUCCUUUAUGCAUUUUGCAAGGAAGUUCUGAAUCAUGUAAUCAUUGAUCAUUUUGCACAGCAUUCAGCCUGGUUUGUAAAAUACUGUAGUCACUCAAUACUGAACGCGAUCACUACUGAAUUUAGUCAAUGAGUUGAGAAAUUGCAUUUUGCACGUUUUUUUGAAAAAAAUGCAGAGGUUUUUUGCAGUGGCUUAUAUGCCUAAGCCAUUUCUAAAUGUCUUGACAUUGGACAAGGGUGUACUUUUUUCUCCCCCUGAAAUUAAUUAUUGACAAAAACUUAGAGCAUUGUCCAAAUAUAUCACUGUAUUUUGUAAAACAAAUGAUGGCUAGUCUUUUAACUGAGAGCAAGCUGUUUUUUAAAUAAACAUUUCACAUCAUUUGUUCUGUAUGGAACCCGCCAUCAGUGAGAAAAUUCCUAUGACUACUUGAAAGCUGUUCCUCUUGAAAAUGUAACCUAAUGCAUAAAAACAGUUCAGAACUUAUGAGAUGUUUUGUAAACCAAACAAAAUA